AUGGAUAAUCAGAAUAACUUCUUUGCUCCUAGCGAGCAAUAUGCUUGGACCAACCCGACUUCGUUUGAGCAGAGCUAUCAACAUGGAAACCUCGCAUUCCCCGUUCCAAGUUCUGGGCCACCACCAGCAGCAAACGGCUUUACUAUGCCUGCGCCAGUAGUUGCUUCACAUUACGUGUUCGGAACUGGGGCACCUCAAGCGGCAAGGCCUGGUGCACCUCGAACGCGUCAGAACCCGAUCCCUUGGGAUUUGCACCAAGACGAACUGAAGAAGCUGUAUCUCGUGGACAAGAUGAAGCUGGAGGACAUUAGAGAUAAGAUGAGACGCGAGAAGUCCCUUGAAGCAACCGAGCGUGCUGAGGUGACUGUCAAAAGGGCCGGCAAAGACUCCUCAGAGAUUAUAAACAUGACCACUCCUAUGGGUGUAGUCUACGAGACACCUGCCCAGAUUGAUCUUACCUCGCCGGAAACCGCGCUUACGCCAUACGAGGGCAACACCAAUGUGGACGAGGUCAUGACAAUCUCAUCCGGCUCGGACUCGGACGCAUGGGAGUCUGAUGUUGAGAUCAACGACACGUCCUUGUCAUUGACGUGGAAUGGCAAUACACGGUCGGAUGUUCACAAUAUGUUCCUGAGUGCGAGACAACACAUUCGCAGCGGCAAUACCGAGCAAGCAGAGACUCUGCUCAAACUUGCGGUGCAGGGAUACGGGCAUCUUCAUGGACCGACUCACGAAGAGACUAACAUAGUCGUUGUUACACUUGCAACGCUUUGUUUUGAGUCGGAUCGAUUGACUGAUGCUUACAAAGUCAUCGAGCAAAGCUGUCGCGUCCAUAUCGAGAAGGCAGGAAUUCAUGAUCGUCGCACUCAACAACACAUAAACGACAUCAUCCAGCUCCUGCACAGCUGGAACAAAGAAGACGACGCCUUAGCCUUCAUCGCCCGCGCCAAGGAGAUUGCGGAUAAAAGCCGCGAUGGUUUUGCAAAGAGGGACAAGUCACGGCGUGAAAAAUCACGCAGUGUUACAAACCACUCUCAGAGACCACGGGAAACGCUACUCCACGAAGCCAGUCGCGCCAUAACCGAAGAUUCCGAUUCGACUCAGCUAGACUACGGUCUUAGUCUUGUUAGGACACAUGCACACACCGAAGGUGAGACAACGCAGCAAUUGCUUCGUCUAACUAUUGAGCGUUGCGGCUUAGAUACCAACAAACUUGCUAUUCAACGCCUAAAAGCCUGGGCGGAGCUGCUGAAGCUAUGUAACAAGGCAGGACGAGCCCACGAGCGAUCGACAGAUUUUGAGAAUGCGCAUAGUGCGUUCAUCGAUGUCAUGCAACAGUUUUCAUGGGACGAAACAACAAGAGAGAAGUUCAAACGAUUUCGUCUCAUGGAAACUGCUCUUGAGCUUGUAGCUACGUUUCUCUCUGCAGAUCGCACAAUGCAGGCAAGAGACAUGUUCCAAACCUGCGAAGAGACAGCGUCGAGGGUUUUCGGUGAAUACGACGAGCGUACGGUCUGGGUCCUAAUCUCUAUCGGCCUGGUUUAUCAACGAUACAAGGGUUGGAACGAGGCAUCUCCUUGGUUUCAGCACGCGCUGUCUACGGCGAUGGAGCUGUAUGACGAGAAUGAUGGUAUCCGAAUAUCUCUGGAGGAAGCGUUGGAGGUGCGCCACUUUUCAUACGUCAAUGAUGAGGGUCGGCCCUUCAAGACCAUUUUCGGCGUCAAUGGUCUCAAGAUCACUCCAACACGCUUGCAUAUGGGAUAG